CUGAAAUAUUCCAACAUGAUGUGCCGAUGGCUGAGAAUAAGAAUUUAUCUAAGGAAAGAGGUGGAUACAUGGACGGAUGGAUGGAACAGUGAAAUGGUGGUCAACGGGGCUGAUGAUAUGGUGAAACAGGACCAGGCAACGGACAACGGCUCCAACUGUUUUCACCCACCUGUACAAUUCCGAACAGUCUGGCUAGUUCCAAAAUUCGCUCCCAGUCCGAAGAUGGAAGCCUCGGUCCGACUGCUCGCCUCCACGGCCGCCCUCCGUCGCCCCAUCCCCCUCCCUCCUCCACCCGUCCUCCGCUCCAUCUCCCUCCCAAACCCUAAUCCUAAAUCCCUCUCCCACCUCCCCUUCUCCAAAUCCACCCAACGACACUUCCCCUUCCCCUUCCCCUUCCCCUCCUCUCCUUCUUCCUCUCCCUCUCCCCGCUCCCACCCCUUCUCCCCCCUCUCCCUCUCCCUCUCCCUCUCCCUCUCCUCCCUCGAACCCGCCCAUGGCUCUUCCCAAUGGGGCCUCCUCCCCGAUGGUUCCCCACAGGGGCACGAUCUAGGGUUCGGCGGCGACAGAGGCGCGACCUUUACAGUGGUCCUCCUCGGGUGGCUCGGCGCGGAGCAGAGGCAUUUGAGGAAGUACGCGGAGAUCUACAAUGCCAGGGGGAUCCGGUCGGUGCAGCUCGUGGUUCCGGUCAGGGAGGUGCUAGGGUUUGAUCUGGGCCGGAGGAUCGAGGAGAGGAUCGGAAGGUUCGCGAGGGAGAUCGCAGAUUGGUGCGCGGAGAAGGACGGGGACGGGAGAGAGCGGUACCUGAUAUUUCACACCUUCAGCAACACCGGGUGGCUCACUUAUGGUGUCAUACUUGACAACCUGCAGCAGUCAAGGGCUGAUAUUCUUGAGAAGAUUAAAGGAUGUAUUGUUGACUCUGGAGCUGCAGCAGAGAUAAGCCCUCAGGUCUGGGCUGCAGGAUUUUGUGCUGCCCUGUUGAAGAAGCGCAGUUCUUUGACGUAUUCUUCAGGUGAAGCAUUUGAAGGAUCUAAACAGGACGUUAGUUUACACAAAUUGAACGAUGAAAGCAUCAGACCCUCAUUGGGUGAAAUUAUCAUCUUCUCACUUCUACUGAAGUUUUUCAAUAUAGUUCUGAGUCUUCCUGAUGUAAACCGGAGAUUGAGCAAGGUUAUAUCCGUUCUUUCGAAAAAUCAGCCCUCUUGGCCUCAGCUUUAUCUUUACAGUUUUGCAGAUAGGGUAAUACCUGCUGAAUCUGUUGAAAACUUUAUCAAGGAGCAGAAGACAUUAGGCAGAGAUGUUUAUGCCUACAAUUUUGGUUCGUCGCCACAUGUCGACCACUUCAGGAGCUUUCCUCAAUUGUAUACUGCUAAAAUUGAUGAAUUCCUUAAAAUUUGUAGCUCGGUAACAGUUUGAUCUUGUUUUUGAUUAAAGAUAGAUUACUAGCUUGUCAUAGAAAUGCAAAGAUGAUUGCUCCUUAAGCGCCUGUUAAUAACCUCCGAAAGAAGAUCUGAAAAUUGUGUGUCAACUGGUUUUCAAUCACACUUCGCAUCGGAAACAUGUUAGCGAAUCGUUAUUGGAAGAAGCAGUUGCAACUUGUUCACAAAUUAUUUUUAGAAUCCUAGUUAUAGCAGAAGCAGAAGCAGAAGCAGAAGCAGAAGCUUCGAAUUGCAACAUUUUUCUUUUUUUUCCCUCUGAUCCAAAAGUUCAUUUUGGUGUUCGAAGAUAGUUGUUUCAAUGAGGGCAUUAAGCCUCAAAACUCUUUUAUGUCAAUUUGAUAACUUUGUUACUUUAUCUAAUUUAUGACAAAUGGAUGAUGGAAUAGCUGAUUAAGUUGCCA